GAUGUGGCAGGUGCAUUACGGCUUGUGUAUAAUCAACAUCCGACUACGCGUGCGCGGAGGGACCGCGAACGAGGCGCAGAUCAGGGCGAAUGUGAAUGCGAUCGUGGGAGAGGUGUUGAAAGCAAACAUGGGCGCGGCCGCGCAGAGCAGUAAUUACGACGCGCAGCAGAUCAGCGGAGGCGGCGAGGGAGGUGGAGCAGGAGGAGGAGGAGGUGGAGCGGGCGCGGAGGGGAAAGGAAAAGGAUUCACGACGAGCGUGGAUGGAAGCGCGACGGUGAACGCGGUGCGGUUUCAUGAUCGGACGGGGAUUCAGUGGGAGAGUACGAUUGACAUUGAGCGCGCGUGAAUAUAGAGUGAGUGUUGUAACUAGUUGUUGUGUUUAUAAAUUGCAUCAGGAUACAGUUAUUGUAGAAAUUACUAAAGAAGGAAAGAGGGAAAGUCGGCAGGUGCGGCUGGAGCGAUGACGUCGUUCUCGGUUGUCGCGGUCCUUGCGCUUCUCCAGUUGAACUUCUCAACUGUAGUUGAAGCAGUUCUUUCAACAGUAGUUCACCGACUAGUCAGAGAAGAGAUGGACAGUGCAGGAAGGAGAAUCAUUCUCUGGACCGGCGCGACUUCCGGCAUCAGCUCCAUCGCGCUCGAGCAGCUCCUCCUUUCUGCUGCUCAUAACCACAGCGUGUAUUCCUCGCUCCGGGAUCAUGCACCACCACAGCACCAGCACCAGCAGCAGCAUAGGCUGAGUGUCGGGAGUCCGUCAGCUGGAGGAUCGCUUGCUGCGUACAUGCGCGACUCGUCUCCCGCGUCCUCUGACCGCCGGCGGUCAUCAGGCGACUAUGCGCGGUCGAUCUCCCGCGAGCGCAGCGGUGAACGCAGAGGCUCGGUGUCGUCGACGCAUAGUACCACAGGGCAGCUCCUCCCUCCGAUCGCAGAGACGCCGCGGUUGCAUCUGAUUCUCGCGCUGCGGGAUCGCGAGAGCGAGAAUACGCUCGAAGUGCUCGAGCAUUUCGAGACUCUGGCGGCGAUGAGUGAUUCUGUGAUUGACAGUUAUGAAUGCGACCUGUCGUCGUUCAAAUCCGUGCGGGAGUUUGCGAGCACGGUGACGACUGCGUACGAGGGUAUUUCGACUGUCGUGCUGGGCGCGGAGAUUACGUGUUUCGGACCGCCUUCGUAUACGGAGUUUGAUCGGACGGAGAUGGGGCUUACGGUGAAUCAUCUCGCGCAGUGGUUGCUGGUCGCGCAGUUGGCGGCCGUGGUGCGGUAUCGUGUUGUUUUUGUGGGGAGCAGUGCGUUUAAGAAUGCGGAUCUGACAAAUAUGAUCCCGAUCGCUCGUCGGAAAGGGCCGGUGAUUGCAGGCGAAUGCAUUCCAUAUCCGACCACGAAAGCGAUCCAGGCGCUCUGUUUCGACGGCUGGGUCAAGUUCUUUAAACACAACACUGGGAGGUCUUCAGGGUCUGUGGACGUGCUGCUUUGUACGCCGGGAAGUAUAGCGCCAGAACAUGCGCAGCGGCGGAGGACGUCGUCGUUUGUGUCGAGUAUAGCGGGAAAGGUGGGGAUUAAGAAUACGCCAGAGUCAUGUAUGUCUUCCUCACUCUCUGCAACGUUGAAAGUGAGCAUGCUAACGCGAUGUGAACUACAGCCGCCGACGUGAUUGCGCACGUCGCGAUCUCGUCCUCGUUCGAAGGCAUGUCAGGAUCCUGCAUCAACAAACACCUCAAGCCCGAGAAACUCAACUUCAGCAACCUGCACGCCGACCCCGCCGACGUCAUGAAAAUCGAGACCCAAGUGCGAAAACUGCUCCACCCGUCCUCCCAAGCCGACCCACGCCAAGCACUCCCAUCCCACCACCACCGGCACGACGACGUCGACGAUCUGGGACUCAACGGCGGCGGAGCG